AGGUCUCACCUGGGCAGCGGAGCGUCCUGGAGGCAGUGAAGCGGCGGAGACUGCCUAUCGCCCGGGAGGCCACCAUCUUGAGCUGAAGAGGACGAGUGGAAAGCACUCAGAUUUCAGAAUGACUUCCAUCUUGACUUACACGCUUAAAAAUCUUCCCAGUACAUCAAAAUGGGCCCUCAGAUUUUUCUGUUUUUAUCUUCCAGCUUUGAGACCUCUAAGCUGUUCCUCCCAGCUACGAGCUGCCCCAGCCGCCCAGACCAAGUCAAAGAAAACCUUAGCCAAACCCAAUAUAAGGAAUAUUGUGGUGGUGGAGGGUGUUCGCAUUCCAUUUUUGCAGUCGGGCACUUCAUAUAAGGAACUGAUGCCACAUGAUUUGGCUAGAGCAGCACUUUUGGGUUUGCUGCAUCGGACCAAUGUCCCGAAGGAUGUUGUUGAUUAUAUCAUCUUUGGCACAGUUAUACAAGAAGUGAAGACUAGCAAUGUGGCUAGAGAGGCUGCCCUGGGAGCUGGCUUCUCUGACAAGACUCCUGCUCACACUGUCACCAUGGCUUGCAUCUCUGCCAACCAAGCCAUGACCACAGGUGUUGGCUUGAUCGCCUCUGGGCAGUGCGAUGUGGUCGUGGCAGGUGGUGUAGAGUUAAUGUCUGAUGUCCCUAUUCGUCAUUCAAGGAAAAUGAGGAAGAUGUUGCUUGAUCUCAAUAAGGCCAAGACUCUGGGUCAGCGACUGUCUUUAAUCUCUAAAUUCAGAUUGAAUUUCCUGUCACCCGAGCUCCCUGCGGUGGCCGAGUUCUCCACCAGUGAGACCAUGGGCCACUCUGCAGACCGACUGGCCGCUGCCUUUGCUGUUUCUCGACUGGACCAGGAUGAGUACGCACUGCGCUCUCACAGCCUGGCCAAGAAGGCCCAGGAUGAAGGACUCCUGUCUGAUGUUGUGCCCUUCAAAGUACCAGGAAAAGAUACAGUUACCAAAGAUAAUGGCAUUCGUCCUUCGUCUCUGGAGCAGAUGGCCAAACUAAAACCUGCAUUCAUCAAGCCCUAUGGCACAGUGACGGCUGCAAAUUCUUCUUUCCUGACUGAUGGUGCAUCUGCAAUGCUGAUAAUGGCAGAGGAGAAAGCUCUGGCCAUGGGUUAUAAGCCAAAGGCAUAUUUGAGGGAUUUUGUGUAUGUGUCUCAGGAUCCAAAAGAUCAACUUUUACUUGGACCAACUUACGCUACUCCAAAAGUUCUGGAAAGGGCAGGAUUAACAAUGACUGAUAUCGAUGCUUUUGAAUUUCAUGAAGCAUUCUCAGGUCAGAUUUUGGCUAAUUUUAAAGCCAUGGAUUCUGAUUGGUUUGCACAAAAUUACAUGGGUAGAAAAACCAAGGUUGGGUCACCUCCUUUGGAGAAGUUUAACAACUGGGGUGGAUCGCUGUCCCUGGGACACCCAUUUGGAGCUACUGGCUGCCGGUUGGUCAUGGCAGCUGCCAACAGAUUACGGAAGGAGGGAGGCCAGUAUGGCUUGGUGGCUGCCUGUGCCGCUGGAGGGCAGGGCCAUGCGAUGAUAGUGGAAGCUUAUCCAAAAUAAUAAAGGAGAGGUGACCUGGAGUUUCUGCGCAACACUCGCACUAGGCAAUGCCAUUCCAAUGCAUUACUAACUGACAUCCUUAGUUCCUGUCUCCUCUUAGGAAAAGACAAUUUGUGGCCUUCUGUUCAAUACUUUGCAAUUAAGCCUUGCUAGUAUUCUGAGCUUUCCAGUAAUCAUGGCUUACUACUCUUUCAGGGAUUUCUUAAUCAGCAGAAUCUCUCAGUGUUAUGUUUAAACAGUUGUUUGGGGGCUCUAUUUUCAUUAAAUACUUAAAUGAGUGGUUGCAGUUCAGGAGAGAUUUGGAACCAUCUUUGUAACAUUUGCAAAGUAUACUCCUUCCUAUUUGUGACCUAAAGAUGCGUGUUUUCUAUAAAAUACAAACCAAUGUGCCUAAAGAAACUUAAUUAUGGAAAGGUAAUUCAGAGUUUAAGUGUCACUGAAAACUUACAGUAAAUGUUUAGAUAUAUAAGUACCCUGUUACACUUAAUAAAGUGAGGGAGUAUUGAAGAACUGUUUGCCUUAGUUUUUACCAGAGGUAAAGGGUGGUUCCCUUGGCUUGGGGGCAGAUUUUGCCUUUAAUUACUCAUUUGUAACUUUUAGCCAUUUUAGUCAGUCAUGUGGCUGCUAGGGGUAUAAAGAGGGUCCUGCUUUAGAAUAACACCUUUUUGGGGCUCCUGGGUGGCUCAUUCGGUUGAGCAUCCGACUUCCGCUCAGGUCACGAUCCCACGGUUCGUUGGGUUCGAGCCCCGCGUUGGGCUCUGUGCUGACAGCUCAGACCCUGGAGGCUGCUUCUGUGUCUCCCCCUCUCUCUCUGCCCCUCCCCUGCUCAUGCUCUGUCUCUCAAAAAUAAAUAAAUGUUAAAAAAAAAAAAACAUUUAAAAUAACACUUUUCUCCCCAUUGCUCCUUGGGGGUAAAUUUAUUUCCCUGUUUGGAGAUGUGUCUGCCAGGAUUUAAGUCAAGUGUAAAGAAAUUUUAUAAAUAAAAACAUUAAAAACCUUUUUAAAAAAGGGGUGCCUGGGGGGCUCAGUUAGUUAAGUGUCCGACUUUGGCUCAAGUGAUGGUCUCACAGUUCAUGGGUUUGAGCCCCACGCUGGGCUCUGCUGACAGCUCCAGGCUGGAACCUGCUGCGGAUUCUGUCUCCUCCUCUCUCUCUGCCGCCCCUCCCCCCCGCCUGCCCGCCGUUUGCACUCUGUCUC